UAAAAAGUCACAUCAAAAAUGGGGCUACAUAUAUUUUGGCCAGCAACUACCUGUUUAACCCUUUUUGUUGUUUGCGUAAUAAUGAUACUACUAAAGUAUGGUAUGCGUAUUUGUAAACUACGGCACACACCGUUGCCAUCUGACCAGGAAUGGGAGGAAAAGGCAUAUUCGCGAAAACUUUCAGUCUCUAUGGCGUAAAAUUAAGUAGAUAUCACCAUAUGUUUUCACAUCAUAUUGCAAAUCUAUUUCAUAUUAGGAAACAAUUUAAAUUAAACCAGAAUUUAUUUUAAUAUCUAGGGGUAUGUUUACUUUGUAUUUGAUGUUGACAUUUUAGUUCUUCUAAACAUUGUUUUCCAUAUGUAUUCUUUCCAAAAAUUGUUCAAACGUGCACAUACAGGAUAGCAUCACUUUUUUACUUUAAGAUUAUGUAGUUGUGUGCCUUAAAAAGUAAUGCUAUAUGUCAU